AUGGGAGGUGUGUUCGCUAAACUUUUCUCUGGUCUUUUUGGCAAGAAAGAGAUGAGAAUUCUCAUGGUUGGUCUUGAUGCUGCCGGGAAAACGACGAUUCUUUACAAAUUGAAGCUUGGUGAAAUUGUCACUACCAUUCCAACAAUUGGUAAGCUCUUCUGCUCUCCGUUUUUUAGACACAUUAUGUCGUUUUAUCGUAUUUAUUUUAUCUCCUACUCUAUGUCAGUAACGUAACGGCGUUUAAAUUUUUUGUUUUUAGGUUUCAACGUAGAAACAGUUGAAUACAAGAACAUUAGUUUUACUGUAUGGGAUGUCGGAGGCCAGGACAAAAUCAGGCCGCUUUGGCGACACUACUUUCAAAACACCCAAGGUAUAUUUUCCGAAUUGCUUUCGUAAUGUUGUAUGGUAACUUUUAUUUCUUCUUCUUCUUCUAAAGCUUUAACUCGUAGCGUGCUUAAACUGUAUUCAUAACCUGUUCUAUAGGUCUAAUCUUUGUCGUGGAUAGCAAUGAUCGAGAGCGGGCCACUGAGGCGAAAGACGAAUUGGUGAAGAUGUUGAGUGAAGAUGAACUCAGGGAUGCUGUUGUCCUUGUUUUUGCAAAUAAACAGGUGAAUAAUAAUUCAUAGCUACAGAAAUGGUGUAAAACCUUGGUUUUUUGGUAGCUCGGGUCGAAAAAUUUUGUUUUUAACUUAAUUUUAUACUAAUAUAUACGACAAAAGUCGGUUGCAAGCAAAAUUGCUGCACAGGUUUACCAUCCUCUGUCGACCCUAUGCAGUUAUAAAAGUAGGGACCUUAAGAUACACAGUUUCUACCUGUGGGUACGUGUAGGCGAACAUAACACAGUUUCUACCUGUUAGUACGUGUAGACGAACAUGUUUGCCAUGUUGUUAUUCAAAAGGAGAUCAUGAUUUCCCAGAUGUGAUAAUAGCAUCACCUUUCUCCCCAGAUGCCUAAUCGUUUCUCUGGGAUAAGAGGCAGUCUACCCACAUUAAUGGCUACACGUACCCAUACCCGUACACAGAAAUGAUGUAUUUUAAGGUCCCUAAUAACAGACCUUCAGAUUCACGACGGGGAUGAGAUUUAACUUAAACUUUCAUCACAUAUUCUGAAAAGAUAUCCCCAGGAAGCUGCAUAAAUUGUACCUUUUUUUUUUACCAGAAAAGUUCACACAGUUAGUUUUAUUGAAGGAGGUUAAGCCCUCUCCCAAUUGCAAAUUGAGAAACCUUUUAACAGUUUCGCUAACAUAGCUAUCAUGUUUUUCCACCAAAAUGAUGCUGGCUCAUGCACGCACACUACUUAGUAUUAGAAAAUCUUGUUCUUGUAUUAAUAAUUAUUUGUCCUCAUCUUAGAAUAUGAAGGUCUCAAAAAGAUUUCAUAUUGCUGUGCUUCUGUUCAGUAACAGAGCGCAGAUGAUGUCAAUUUGUGUAAAGAAGUCUGAAAGUGGCACACUAGCCAUGUGCUGGAAAUUGUGUUACUGAUACUCUUACCACGUCUUCUGUGUUCUGUUAGGUUGAUUUAGCAACAGAAUGGGAACGUCAGUUGACAACGGCACGCGCAAAUCAGACAACUGGCUUGACCAAUGGCAGAGUGACAACUUGAGCACUGGAAGUCAUGUUUAAUCCUUUCCGCGAGCUUUCCAGUCGUCAACUGAUGUUCCUGCCUGUUGCUAAAAUAUCAGCCUAUUACUGAACAGAUGCACAGUAACAUGGCAUCUAUUUGUUUUAUACAAUGCACAGAAAAGAAAACAUGUGACAAACAUGGUGAAUUUUAAGCCUGGUCUAUACAUGAGAAAGAUGAUUUAGUGGUAUUCUAUUACCCUGAAAUAGCAUUGACCUUGGGAAAGUUGCUUACUUUACUUGAAUUGAGCAAUUUUUUUACGAAUUAUACGACUUUCCUCAAUGUUUUUGAUGUCUUUAAUCAUCAAAGGUAUUGCAUGUCACUUCUACAAAAGUAACAAAGGCGAGCCUAUGGAUGGAAACUUAAAAUAGAUUUUUAUAAGUGAGACAUCUGUAGUUUGAAAGAAUAAUACAAUUUGAAAGUGCAAAGCAGUUAUCCAAAACUUGUCAAUUGAAUCGAUCAAAACAUUGAUGAAAGUAACUCUUGAGGAUGUAUGUUUUUCAGGAUCCCCCUCCUAUUUGGAUUUCCAGAGCCAUUAAACUCCCCUCCUAUGAGAUUUUCCAGCAUUCCUUCUGUUGGGGGAGUGUGGAUUUUUUCUGGAAUAACCCAUUUUACGAAAUGAAAUUUGGUGAUUUUAUUGAAUUUUGAUUUCAGUUGACUGUUCUGCGGGUAAGAGGCCAGGGUUUCUACAGUGUAGGUGGUGUCAUUCAAUCUUUUUUAUACAGCGUGUCAUUAUGUUUUUCAGGAUUUGCCCAAUGCCAUGAAUGCUGCUGAAGUAACUGAUAAGUUAGGCCUGCACAGCUUACGUAAUCGUCAAUGGUACAUUCAAGCAACGUGUGCAACAAGUGGUGAUGGUUUAUAUGAAGGACUGGAUUGGCUUUCCACUCAGCUGAAAAAUAGGAAGUAA